AUGUCGGCUUUAUUCUCUAAGGUAUGGAGUACUUCCAGGAUAGGGACUAGUGAGCACACCCUCUAUGGUAACAUCCAGGCGUCACAGAUAAUGAUGGUAGUGCUUAGUGUCCUUGGUAUGUCAACUGUGUUCGAGAUGGACUACGCUUUGAAGCCUGGAUGGUCACCGUUCUCGGACUUGUUCCAUCCGGAUACGUACAGAGAGGCCGAGUAG